CGCACAGCCUCACUUGGCCACUCGCGAUAGAUAUGGAAAUGCACACAAAAUGCUGCGCUUCCGAAUUGUGAUAAGAAACCGCAAGUGAGGAUAGUCAGGAUUGCAGGAAAAACGAAAUACAACUCUGGAAUUAUCCAAGAAAAAGCAUUUAGGAAGUUGGGUUUGGAGCGCAGUCGCUGCCGCAGAAUCCUUCUAGCUCGGUCGUAUUGUUGUAUCUGUGUAUGAUUUGCUCAGUUUUGGCUUGCGCCUUCAGGACGACUCGGGCGGUACUGACGUUGACGACCGUGUGGAUCUUGUGAGAGCAUCCCUACCGCACAGCCCAUUCCCUUCACCAGGAUGGCGUUAACGAUCUGCACGAGAUUUACCGACGAAUACCAGCUAUUUGAAGAGUUGGGCAAGGGAGCUUUCUCUGUGGUCAGGAGGUGUCUGAAGAUCUCCUCUGGCCAGGAGUAUGCGGCCAAAAUCAUCAACACCAAGAAGCUUUCUGCCAGAGACCAUCAGAAGCUUGAGAGAGAGGCGAGGAUUUGCCGUUUAUUGAAACACCCCAAUAUUGUUCGUCUCCAUGACAGCAUAUCAGAAGAAGGCUUCCACUAUCUGGUCUUUGAUCUGGUGACAGGAGGAGAGCUGUUUGAGGACAUUGUAGCCAGGGAGUACUACAGUGAGGCUGAUGCCAGUCAUUGUAUACAGCAGAUUCUGGAGAGUGUUCACCACUGCCAUGUCAAUGGAAUAGUGCACAGGGAUCUCAAGCCUGAGAACCUUCUAUUGGCCAGUAAGCUGAAGGGGGCGGCGGUCAAGUUGGCUGACUUUGGAUUGGCCAUCGAGGUGCAGGGGGACCAACAGGCAUGGUUUGGUUUUGCUGGAACUCCGGGCUACCUUUCUCCAGAGGUUCUGAGAAAAGACCCAUAUGGCAAGCCAGUGGACAUGUGGGCUUGUGGGGUCAUCCUGUAUAUCCUGCUGGUUGGCUAUCCGCCAUUCUGGGACGAGGACCAACAUCGCCUGUACCAGCAGAUCAAGGCUGGGGCCUAUGAUUUUCCGUCUCCGGAGUGGGACACAGUGACCCCUGAAGCUAAAGACUUGAUCAACAAGAUGCUGACCAUCAACCCUAGCAAACGCAUCACUGCCACUGAAGCCCUGAAACACCCCUGGAUCUGUCAACGCUCAACUGUGGCCUCCAUGAUGCACAGACAGGAGACGGUGGAGUGCCUGAAGAAGUUCAACGCCAGGAGGAAACUCAAGGGAGCCAUUCUGACCACUCUGCUGGUCACAAGAAACUUCUCAGCAGCCAAAAGUUUGCUGAACAAGAAAGCGGACGGCGUCAAGGUCAACAACAAAGCCAACACAGUGACCAGCCCUAAAGAAACUGGCCCUGCCCCUGCCCUGGAACCUCAGACCACAGUCAUCCACAACCCUGUCGAUGGAAACAAGGAGUCCAUAGAGAGUGCCAACACCACCAUAGAGGACGAGGAUGUUAAAGCCUGCACCAAUAACAAUAAAGCCCGUAAGCAGGAGAUCAUUAAGGUCACUGAGCAGCUGAUUGAGUCGAUCAACAACGGAGACUUUGAAGCUUACGCUAAGAUUUGUGAUCCUGGCCUGACCUCCUUUGAACCUGAGGCCCUGGGCAAUCUGGUGGAGGGUCACGACUUCCAUCGCUUCUACUUUGAGAACGCUCUGUCUAAAGGCAACAAGCCGGUACAUACUAUCCUGCUGAAUCCCCACGUCCACUUGAUCGGAGAGAACGCUGCGUGUAUUGCGUACAUUCGCCUCACCCAGUACAUGGACGCCGCCAGCAUGCCGCGCACCAUGCAGUCCGAGGAGACCCGCGUGUGGCACCGCCGCGACGGGAAGUGGCAAAACAUCCACUUCCACCGCUCUGGGGCUCCCAGUGUCCCAUCUCAUUAAUGGAAUAUCAAGAUUAAGUUGAAAAUCCCUUCAACUAUUCUCUGUGACGGGCAAUCAACUAGCCAACCCCUGAUUGCCCCCUGACCCCCCUAAUAAAGACAUAACAUCGCACAGGACAACAAUAUCAACACAUUUUAAUGUUAACACAUUUGACUGCAGAAAGUCAUGGGUACCACAGACGGUGGCAGCACACCAUAUUUGGACAUUGUCAGAUGAGCUAAUAACUGACAUUUCUUUUUUCUGUUUUUUAAGCUGUUUUGGUAUGCAUUUUACAUAUAUAGAGAGAGAUGUUAAAAAUCUACUACUGUAACCUCUCCCGAAAAUUAGUUCUGUAUUUUUCUGUGUAUUUAUGUGUGUGCAAUAUGAAACAUUUGAAAGAUCAAAAUGUUAAAAUUGAGCUUGCUUUAGUUCUGGUGAUGUACAUAUAAAUACAUUGUGAUUGUUGAUAACACAAACAAACACUAAAUUGCUAUUCUUGCUAUCAGAGGAAUUAAGAAUUUACGUAAAUUUAUGAGCCACAUUUCUGUUUGCUAUGAGCUAAGUCAUGUUUGAAUCAUCAGAUUUCGACACGUACAACUAAUUUAACUGUAAAGAGAAGCUAAGCCGCUUAUACUUUGCAUUAAGAUAUGUUUGCCUUUAUAUCAUUGAAUAAGAAAUAAGAGAAUGUAGCAUAUAUGUCAUAUAUGAAAAAUCAAGAUUAUUGUGUUAUGCAUGGGGUGGAAGGGGUAUCGUGACCAUAUGGAACUAUAAUAUCUUCUGUUUUGAUUUGUGAAAUCACUGAAUUGUUUGUUUGCAUUUGUUAAUGUUGUGCACCGGUCCUGUCUGGAAUGUUCCACUGUCCUCCAGUGUCAUAGACCUGUCUUAAAAUACUGAAAAACACAACUAUAGGUGGUAAAAUGUCUAGUUUUAAAAUCACAGCAUCACAACGGAUCAAGAGGGUUAAGAAAUGCUCAGUUGGUCAAAGCAGCCCUUACACAUUUUAUAGAAAAGACAGAAUGAGGAUAAAAAUAUUUUCAUUUUCAUAAUGUUUGUAUACCUGUAUUGUACUUCCACUGUAAGUAAGAGUUAUGUUGUUGUAUUCCUCCUCUUAUCAUUUCUUUUUGUAAUUUCAAACAUAUCAUUUUGAAGAGGAGAAGCAAAGGUCUGUCCACCUGGAAAAGCAGUGGUACGUUUUAGCUUAAUUAAGCGUCUCUGGAAACCCAUGGUCUAGAACCAAACAAGGAGUUUUUUACUACUGCAACUACUGCAAUUAGAGAAAAUAUGAAGGGAUGAGAGGAAGGAGAGAAAAAGAAGAGAGGGCGGAGGGAAUGGGAAGAGAGGAAGGAGGAGAAAAUAGAUAUGGUAGUGAAAAAGAGGAUGGGUGAAGAUUAGGGCCAGGAACUGUUACAAAGUAGAGGGAAAGAAGGAGGAAAAGAAGAAAAGUAAGGAAGAUGAGAAGAUAAGAAAUACAGUACAGUAUGUUAGAGAAGGGAGAGGUGAUGAACAAAGGAGAGAAGGGGUAGUGUGUAGGAGGUGAUGAGAAGGAGGGAGGAAAGGAAGCUAGAAGACAAGAUGGUGGUAAAGUUAGUCAUGUGGUAAAGGUGAUGUGGUUAAAGUCUUCCCUAAGGACCUGAGCUUCUAUGUGUCUGUCGUCACACCACCUCACCAAUACAUCAAUUUCUCCUCAUCAAUACUUUGUUUUUUUAGGAAAUCUACAAUUAACUUAAUUUCUUUUUGCAAAAUGUAUGAUGUCAAUGCAAUGCAGCACCCGUGACAUGGUGUGUAUAAAUUGUUGCCGGCUUGGCAAUAGAUGGAUAACAUGUUUAAGAAGUAAAUAAAUAUAAAAGGUGUGAUGACUGCUCCAUGUUGGUUGUU